AUGGAGCCCGGCGAUUAUGCCACCCUGGACGGGGCCAAGGCCAUGGAAGGCUUGCCCGGAGCCGGAGGGAGCCGGAAUCUAGCCUCCCGCUCCCCCCUCCCCAGCCACCCCGCCGCCGGGGCGCCUCCGCUGCUGCCCGCCGCCGUCAGCUAUGCCCCCCUGGACCUGCCGGGCUCUGCGGAACCGCCAAAGCAGUGCCACCCGUGCCCCGGGGUGCCCCAGGGGACGGCCCCCGCUGCGGUGCCCUAUGGCUACUUUGGAGGCGGGUACUAUUCCUGCCGGAUGUCCCGGAGCUCGCUGAAGCCCUGUGCCCAGGCGGCCACCCUCGCUGCCUACCCCGCCGAGACUGCCGCGCCCGGGGAGGAGUACCCCAGCCGGCCCACCGAGUUUGCCUUCUAUCCGGGGUACCCAGGACCCUACCAGCCAAUGGCCAGUUACCUGGAUGUGUCGGUGGUGCAGACUCUGGGUGCCCCGGGGGAGCCCCGCCACGACUCCCUGCUGCCUGUGGACAGUUACCAGCCCUGGGCCCUCACCGGGGGCUGGAACGGCCAGAUGUGUUGCCAGGGGGAACAGAACCCACCGGGUCCCUUCUGGAAGGCGGCAUUUGCAGAGUCAGGCGUGCAGCACCCUCCAGAUGGCUGUUCCUUCCGACGUGGCCGAAAGAAGCGCAUUCCUUACAGCAAGGGGCAGUUGCGGGAGCUGGAGCGCGAGUAUUCAGCGAACAAGUUCAUCACCAAGGACAAGAGGCGCAAGAUCUCGGCGGCCACCAGCCUCUCAGAGCGUCAGAUCACCAUCUGGUUUCAGAACCGCCGGGUUAAGGAGAAGAAAGUCCUGGCCAAGGUCAAGACCACCACUAAUCUGUGA